UCCUGUCUCUGCGAUCAAAUCUACUCGAACGGUUCCAGUGAUCGGUGGUGGUACGAUUCGUAACGCGCUUAGGAAAUAGACAGCUGUGAAGGUGUUUUUUGUGAAGGCGUUGACUUCUGAUUGCAAGCAAGCCAGUGUGAAGUACGAACCUAGUCGACGUGAUCAUGAACCAUUCGGUGUUGGUGUUGUGGUUAGUGCUGUUGUGCAGUGCUUUUGUGCCUAGAAUACAAUCUGCGCCACAACGAAGCAUUGACUUUCUGCUGGGCGAUGAAGAACUCCAGGCCGUGGUGAAACCUAUCGUGGAAAAUUCCCCUUCUACUACCACCGCACAAGAACAAACAGUAGCGUAUGACGAUGAUCAACAGAGCGAAGUGCAAGCGACGGUGGAUCCGAUUGAAAAUGAACUACCAACGGUAGAUCCUCAGCACGAACUUCCCGUAACUGAAGAUUAUCCGGAAGAGGAACAAUUAACCGAAGAUCCUCAAGAUGAUCUGCUGGAUCCGGUAACAGAUAGUCCUAAGGAGGAUGAGCAAAACACAACAAGAUCCAGCGAUUCAACGUCCACAACUUCCACUACUACUACGUCUCCAACAACAAACGAAGUGACGACCUUCCUACCGAAAGCAUCUACAGCACCCACGAUCGAUUCGGUGGAAAAUAACUCUUCGGAAGAGCAACUAACGACUAAUCCUAUCGUGGUUCCAGAACACGAAGAUCAAUCCACAACCGAGUCCAGCGAGGAUUCGAACCAGCUCGCUCAGGAUGUUAAUGACUUUAUACACGAUCUGGCAAAUGAGGUGCGAUCAAGUGCAAGGGAUGAGAAACCUCGUCCACAACCUCCAAAAUCCAACCCACCUCAGUCGGUCGAAAAUAAUGAAGAUGACGAUCAAGUGCAGUUGAAAGUAGAUCCAAAUGACACACAGACGACUACUGGUCCUCCCCUUACCAGCGAUCAGUUUCAUUUACUAAUCGAAAAGUUGCCCUGGAUCGGUCAACUGCGCUUCCCGACAACCGAAUCCAACAAGGACUUGAACCAUCGCGCUCAGGAUGUUGAUGGAUUUAUACACGAUCUGGCAAACGAGGAGCGAUCGAGAGCAAGGGAUGAGAAACCUCGUCCACAACCUCCAAAACCCAACACACCUCAGUACUCUACGGUCCUGCCCUCUACGCUGCCGGAACGAUACGAUUCCAAGUCGGUUGAAAGUAAUGAAGAUGACGAUCAAGUGCAGUUGAAAGUAGAUCCAAAUGACACACAGACGACUAAUGGCCCUUCCCUUACGAAGGAUCAGUUACACUUGCUAAUCGAAAAGUUGCCCUGGAUCGGUCAACAGCGAUUCCCAGGUUACGAUCAAUGGCAACAUCAGGGUUUUCCGCAACGCUCCAGCUGGCAGCAUCGUGACGAUCGUCAGCGACACUAUCAAAUCCACGGUUCGGACGGUUUUCAAGGUCAUGGAUUUCACCGCAGCUCUUGGCAUUGACGCGUGCUCUCUGCGCUUUCUAUGUUGGCCUUUAAGCGAACACCGUUAAUAACAGGGAAAUCCCGGAAUUCAGUCUAAAACCAAACAGCAGCGAGAUAACGUUUUGGAUAUAUUUAAUAGACCGUUGACAAGCAAUUUUCAGCUGGUCAUACUGUGAUUGAGCUUAGAAAUACAUCACUAAGAGCCACCGAUUAUAAUAAACAGCAAAACAAUCGAUCAA